AUGGCGUUCCCUCGGCUGUCUACCUCCAUGCUGUUGGCUUCACUGAUCCUUCUUCUCUACUGGACGACAUCCUCAGCUCGGUCACAUGAUCCCCCAUCCUCCAUCCUCUCACCAUCCUACAGGGUGAAGAGGGAGAUGGAUUCCGACACCAGAGACAAAUGGGAUAAAUCUUUGGCCGUGGCAAACGGCAUCCUCACUGUGGUCAAAGAAGGGAUUGAAAAGAUUGAUACCAAUAAGUUAGCAGCUGUGAUUAAAAGUCUCGCCAACAUCGCCAGCUUGGCGCCUGGCAUCGGAGGUCUGGUUGCUUCUUUUGUCAACAUGGUCUUGAUCUUCAUCCCUCAGGAAGAUGAGGUGCUGAACGAGGUGAAGAAAGGGUUUGCUGAAGUGAACAGAAAGCUGGACUUGCUCUCCAUCCAGAUCUCCAACCUGGCAACAGACGUAGAAUGGUUUAACUACGCCAGCGUCUACUCUCAAGACGAAGUCCGCAUCCUCAACUCCUGGAAGAAGUUCAAUGAUCUUCUUAGGAAGACUUAUUCGGUUCAAAAUGAAGAGCAGAAACUCAGACAUGCAAAGAUAUUUGUCAGCUAUUAUGAGAACACAGGAACUGAAGCCAGUGUGGCCAACCUCUACCAUUACCUGACAGUUAAAGACACGUCUCUCAGUGGAAACCUCAACGAACUGCUGAGGAGGAAGUUUAAAUGUGAUUUUCAAGAUAUCGGCAAAUAUAACGUCUAUUUCAGUCGUUUGCUUUGGCAGGGGAUGGUGCUGAACCAGUUCUACUGGAAACUGAUCGGGUUGGAUUCAUCAGGUAUAGAAGCCGAACACACCCAGAUGUUUAACAAUGUCUACGCAGCUCAGAAAUCAGCUCUGAAAGCCAAAUGCCUGGACAACUAUGAGCACUACCUGAAGGAGGACGUGGUGGAGAUCAGCAAAGGACUCAGUGCUGAUGACAAAAGAGCCAUCGCUGUUCACGUGAAAGAGUUUCUGGAUAAGAAGUACUUCUGGUACAACUGGGUGGUGCUGGUGUACAACACAGAUCAAGAUAACCGUCAUGAGAUAUAUAAUAUGACAAAGAUACCUGUGGGUACGAUCACUGUUGCUCUGGACUACACUCAGAAAGCAGAGGAGAUAAAUAAAGAACAAGUCAAAACCAACCUGGAACCUGGUAUCUGCUACAAGAGGAGACCAAACCUCAUUCCAUUAGGAAGAUUCCCCAAAUCUGACAUAACAACUUGUAAUGAAAUUAAAAAUCAAAUAUCGCAGUGCACUCAUGCCGUGGGUGGUGGUCCCAUUAGAGAGUUUGUUAAAGUGAUGCACGCCAGUUCUGAAAAGAAUUUGGUUCAAGUCCCAGAAGCCCUGUGGAAUUCUUCUUGUGAGGUGGGCAGCUAUACUUACAGUCUUUACAUCUAUUACUCCCGAAACAUGUCUGCCUGCCACCAAAACCCAUGUAAGAACGGAGGAACCUGUGAGCCGCUGCUGGACACCAACGAAUAUUUGUGUGCGUGUCCUUCUAGUUACCAUGGAGACAGAUGUGAAAAGAAGAUUAAGAACCAAACCGUCCCAGCUAUUAUCAAAGGUCACACUGUGCCUGACAUCACCAUCAUCAAUGCCAAACUGGAGGAUAUUCUAGACUACAUCCGUCGUGGUCACUAA